AUGUAUCUGCUGGUCUAUGUUGAUGACAUUAUUCUUAUCAGCUCCUCAGAGGCCGCCGCUGAUCGUCUGUUGUCUGCUCUGGGUGGUCAUUUUGCUGUCAAGGAUCUGGGUGCCCUCCAUUACUUUCUUGGUCUGGAGGUUUCACGGUCUCCUGCUGGUUUGACUCUCACUCAGCAUAAGUACUCCUUGGACCUGCUGCGACGUGCUGAUGAUGCUACAGAGUACCGCAGUGUGGUUGGUGGUCUGCAGUACUUGACUAUCACACGCCCGGAUAUCUCCUAUGCGAUUGGGCUGGGAGCCUGGAUGACCGUCGAUCAACGGGAGGGCUAUGCUGUCUUCUUUGGUCGCAACUUGAUCGCCUGGAGUGCGCGCAAGCAGGCCACAGUAUCUCGGAGUAGCACUGAAGCAGAGUACAAGGCGGUUGCCAAUGCCACGGCUGAGCUGAUUUGG